GCCAGAGGGACUAGGACGCUCGUGGAGGUUCGAACUCAAGACGACGCGGCGCCUUUUUUCCUCCAUUUUUCCCCUCCACGGCCUGACACCUGCCCCAUGCCUCUCCUCCAGGGCCAGCCUUUCAGACUCAUCCAGCCCCCGGAGGAUGCAGCCCCUGGGGAGGAGAUAUUCACCAUUCAACACACCGGGGAAAGGUUCAGGAGCAAGAGUGACUAUGAGGACCGGCUGGCACUGUACAGUCAGAGCAUCUGGACAUGUCAGUGUAGUGGCAAGUCUGGACUGACUCACCAAGAGGCCUGGACCAGUGAGGCCAAGGUUCGGGUCCUCCUCAACUCUUCCUUCCCUGAACCACUCCUGCCACCAAUCCUCAGAACAAUUCACCACAGUACAAUGCCUCUGGACCAGCUGGUGGAAGCUGCCUCAACACUGUGCUACUCUCGCUUUCACCCUGGGGAGGAGCUGACUCUGCUCGGUCCACAACCGAUUCAAGUACGGGUGCAGCGGGUGCGGGAGGACCCCAGCCACACCGUCAAGACAGAGAAUGGCACUGGUGCACAGGUUUCCCUCACCACCCCAACCACACCCACCACCACCACCACCACCACCUCCACCACUUCACCACUUGUCAAUGGGUGCAACAACAGCUCCCCUGAGAGUGUCAUGGGUGGUCACAUGGCCAAUGGCACUGUAACCUCCAAUGGCACCUCAGGACAGGAGGAGGCCAGUCCCCCUAGUGCUCCAGGGAAGGGAGGGGGCAAGGAGGAGGGGUCACCAGGCAGGAAGCGAAGUGCCCCAACCCCUCUCCUGCAACACCUGCUUUAUGAUGUGAAAGUCAUUGGGGAGGACCGUGUUAUCACAGAUGUCCCUGCUACCCACCUCCAGCGUACCUACCGUGUUCCCCCAAAGGAACAUUUCCGGCUCUUUGUGCGUGCCAAUGCUAUCAGGCAGCGGUCCAGUGCCUACACACCCUGGAUUGUGACAGAGGACUUGGUGAAGCGGUACAGUAUCCCCAACAAGCUGGCUUCUAUCUUCACCAAUCCUAAGGUCAGUCCUGUGGGUCGAAAGCGGAAGGCUGAUCCAGCAGCCAGCGAAGGAGCCAUCAAGAAGAUGAAGGCAGUGGAGCAGACGGAUGUCAGCCUAAAGCAACCCAAAGUGGACCCACCACCACCCUUGCAGCAGCAACAACAGAAGCAGCAGCAACAACAGAAACAGCAGCAGCCACCAGCCAAGGGUCGGCCAGGCCGCAAACCAGGAUCAAAGAAUAAACCAAAAGAUCCCAAUGCACCAAGGAAGAAGCCCGGACCUAAGCCGGGAUCAAAACGCACCCCAAGGACACCUAAGACAGACACAUCCCAGCCAUCAGCUAGGGUGAAAGUGAAAAUAGAGGCAAGUGACAGUGAUGAUGAUGUGGCUUUGGCAGUAUUGGCAGGCCAAGCCAACCGCCAGAUCAAGGUGGAGAAUGGAGCAGACCAGGCCCCCAAGGAUGCCACCCGUCAAGCACUUCCUCGAAAGCGAGAAAUCAAGAUGAGCCAGAAGAUGCGGCAGGCAACAUUGUUUGACAUGCGCACCCCCACAAAGAAGCCUUUGGCCACUCCACUCACUCCCAGGAAGUCUCCCCAUGGCAGGACCCCAAAUCCUGAGGCAGUGAUGCGGACACCCAUCAUGAAGAAAAUGGCGCACCAGUAUGCCACCCUGAAGGGUCUUAAGGGCACUGGCCGCAAGCUGGUGCACACCAUGGACCAGGUGCUCAAGAAACUUUCCCUCCAGCAGAUUGAGGUUAUUCCUGACCUUGAGCUGCGUGCCAACAUUCUGAAGCGACAUGACCGCAUGCUGGAGCGGCGUGUGCUGGCCAAGAUGACGCCUCAGGAGAAGGAGAACUACAUCAAACAAAAGGCCAAGGAGGAAGCUGAAAAGCGGCAACAAACUAAAGAGGAGCUUAAUCGCAAGACAGAAGACAAGCUGCUCCCUAACCUGAAGCCCCUUCCUGCUCCUCAAAUAGUUCCCACCCCUGAGGAAAUCCCUAACUCCCUGUUCGGUGACAUCACAAUGGUGGUAGAGUUUGUAGAAUGCUACAAUGAGAUUAUCAAGACUGACAAGAAGAACUCCAUCUCAUGCAGUCAGCUGAUGCAGGCACUGGCUGCUGGGCCAAAGGGCUUUCGCUACCUGGCAGAGGUGAUGUGCCUCCUGCUACACAUGGUGGUGGCUGAUGACCGGAUUGGUAACAGUAAAGAGUUGGGAGUGAAAGUGCGCUCAUUACCUGUCCACUACCAGACUGCUGCUGAGCUGGCCCGCCUCUGUCUGAGCCGGAGGGACUUCUCUGACACAGCCAGCCAGCACUCAGAUGACAAUGCUGAAGAAGGGGAAGAGCAAAAUGAGCUCUCAGAGGGACUGAUUCACAAGCUGGAGAGCAGUGAACUGUAUGAACUACAGCCAGCUGAGAUAACAGCAGUGCUGAAGGCUCUGUGUCACUGUGUAAAUGCUUCUGAUGCAGCAGCCGACCAUGUGGAGGAGAUAGAGGAGAAGGCCUACCAGCUAUACAAAGAGCGGGCACAGAUCAAGAAGUCAAACAUGAAAGAGGAGAUGGAGCGUAAGAAGGAGCGACGACAGGAACGUCUCAAAAAGAAGAUGGAGCAAAACACUACUAGAAAGUCCCCUGGUCGUCCCAAGGGUUACAGCCCCCAGAAGGCACCCAUAACCAUUGAUAGCUUCUAUAGCAAGAAGGAAGAGCUGGAUAUGUCUUCUUCAGCCCAGAGGGAGAGACGAAAGCGCCUCACCCCAGAGGAGGUGAUGAAGGAGAAGGAAAAAACCAGGAGCCAGUUGAAAGAGCAACUGAUGAAAGAGGAGGAGGACAAGCGGAGGCAGUUUGUGGUGGUGGAAUGUGAGCGGGUAAUGUUGCAGAAGGAAAUGUUGAUUCGCCUGCAGCCUCUUGGCCUUGACCGUAACCAUGACCGCUACUGGCUCUUCAACAACACCACGCCUGGCCUUUAUGUAGAGAAGGGCUGGGUUGACCAUCACUCCACCUACUGCACCCAGAAUAAUUGGAAAAGCUCACAAGAGUCUUCACGUCCUGAUAACCUACAGGAGUCGAGCUCAGACUCAGAUGACAAACCCCUGUCAGCCAUCAAGGAGGAGCUGACAGGAACCUCAAAGAAGGAAAGUCAUCUGGGGCGACCAAAGAAGCAGGCAGUAGAUGAAAAGACUCAAACAUUCCCUCCAGUUGGACAGAACUUGUGGUUUUAUUAUGAUAACAUGGAGAAGGUGGACGAACUGCUAGCAGCUCUGGCAGAGAAGGGCCACCGUGAGUCUAAGCUUAAAACAUCUCUUGUGCAGGUGAAGAAACAGCUUGAAGCUAACCUAGCCACCAAGUGGGAACCACUGGAUGAUCUUGAGGAUGGAGCACUGCAGCUAGUGGAGACUCUAAGGGAGGACAUCAUCCAGAUUGAGCGGGAACUAGCAGAGGGCUGGCUUGGGGCCGUGUCAGAUUUUGAUGCUUGGGAGGCUAAAGCUCUGCAGGCAAACACACUGCAGGAGCUUGGAGAGUGCUUGGUGGAGGCACAGAAAAACAUGCACAACAAGUACCUCAAGGGUAUAAUGCAGCCCUCUAAGAAGUUUAUUCCAGUACCUGCAGCAGAAGGCUCUGAGGCACCCAUAGAAUAUGAGGAGAUGGAGAGCACAGCAACCCUGCAGUGGCGUGAGGCUGUACUCAAUUGCCAGACCUUCUCCCGGAUGCACAUGCUUGUUGGAAUGUUUGACUCCUGCAUUAAAUGGGAGAAAUCUAUUGCUACCAAGAAGUGUAAAGUGUGUCGGCAUCAGAACAACAUGACACCUUUGGCCAUCUGUGACCGCUGUGAGGUGAGCUACCACUGGAGUUGUCUGCGGCCUCCCCUCAAGGAUGACCCGGAAGAACCCUGGCUCUGCCCUGGCUGUCGACCCAAACCAACCAACAUGCAGCGGGAAAGAAGAAAGGUCAUGGAAGAGAGUGAGGAGAAUGGAGAGAAGAAGGAAAAAGAGAAGGAGAAGGUGUGUCGGGUGUGCCUACGUGGUUUGGGACUCAUCUUCUGCAGCUUGUGUCCUGCUGCUUACCACUCAGAGUGUCAUGACCCUCCAUUGCAAACCAGGGCCAGAAAGGACUGGGCUUGUGUUGACUGCACCAACAAGACCAAGAAGAGAGGUAGUAAGAAUAUUACCAGUCGAUCACGUCAGGAGCCCUUGGAGGAGUCACCUCCAUUCCUCCCUGCACCAACAGCCAGAAUAGCCAGCAAACAGCCAGAGACCACCACCACUACCACCACCACCACCAUCAUCACUACCACCACUAUCACCACUCCCACAAAGAGCAGCAGUUCAGCAUCCAAAAGCAGCUGCAGCAGCAGUAAGAAUUCCCGCCGAGCCAAGACCAAGCAGGUGAAGUUUGAGGCAAGUCGGAGGAGUCUGCGUCACGUGUCUCGGAGGAAGUAUGUAGAGAGUGAGGAGGAGGAGGAGGAGGAAGAGGAGGAUGCAGCAGAAGAUUAUGACACUCCCUCUAUCAGCCAAAGGAGAAGUUCAAGGAGGACUACAGCAAAGAAGAAGAGCUACAGGAUAGCAAGUGAUGAAGAUGAUGAUGAUGAGGAGGAGGAGGGAGAAGAAGAGGAAGAGGAAGAGGAAGCAGAGGGAGAAGAGAAGCAUGAGACAUUAGAAGAGGAGGAUAUCGAAAUGCAGGAAGAAGAGGAAGAGGGUGUGGAAGAUGAACAUGAGGAAGCAGAAGAGGAGGAAGAGGAAGAGAAGAAUGAGAUUGAAGAAGGUCAAAAUGAAAAUGAGGAGGAUAUAGACGAUGAAGAAGAAGAGGAGGAGGAGGAUGAAGAAGAGGAUGAUAAUUAUGGUGGUGCAGAGGAAGAGGAAGGGCAUUACACUAGAAGAGGAAGAAGAAGAUGGUGAAAAUAAAGAUGCAUUAGAUGAAGAGGAGGAUGAGGAAGAGGAAGAAGAGGAGGAUGAGGAGGAGGAGGAAGAAGAGGAAUAUCAGGAAUGACAGCAGCAUGCAGAGCAACAACAACAGCAGCAAUUUAGAGAGGUAGAUAUGGGUGAUGUAACGGAGAAGGAAGAUUUUGAUAAUGAUGAUAGUGAGCAAGAAGAAACUGCAUAAUAUAUUGCACUUUUAACCUGCACUCAUCCUUAUUAGAUUUAGGGAAAGGAAAAGUAGGUAAAAAUUGUGAAAUGUGAAACUGCCUUGUGUCCCAAAUGUAUCCGAUCACUGCUUGACUCUUCCUCUCUCUCAUCAGAAAACAAGUGUGACCAUUUUUUAUGUGUUGCACUCAGAAAGAAAGUGAAUUGUUCCUAGUUGCAUUAGGGAAAAGUUCCAUUACUGUGUGCUACACGUGGGAAACAAGUUGAAAGUGUUCUGUGUUGCUGUGUUUAGGAAAGGAAGGUCGAGAGGUGUAUUGCUUUGGAAGGAAAGUUGUGAAAGUGACAUUCAUUAUGUAUGGAAGCAAAAUGAAGAGAUUCCUUGUCUUUGGUGAAGGCAAGGUUGUAUAUUAUUGUUGAGGGAAAGUUCUAGUUUGGGAUAGAUAUUAACAUUGUUUUGGAGGAAGAAAAAGUGAUAUGGCCUUUUUCUCCACAUGAAAAUUAUGGCUUUAUCUCCGAAAAUAGAAAAAGAAGAGAAACAAAAAACUUGCCUGCAUUUAGUACAUUUAUCUGCCUCAUAGUUACAAAGGCAUCAUCAAGGACAAAGGACUAAAUAGUGUUAGUGUUUUCUAUUGUCAGUUUAAUGAGGUGUCCCCUCCCCGCCCUAACCCACUUUUUCCACCACACUGGAUAUUAUGAUAAUUUGAUACCUCCUCUGCACCUCCUUGCACCCGUUCACCUUUUCCUUCUUUGUCUUUCCCACUUCAUUCUUAUUUGUCACUAUCUUCAUAGUUCUACAUAGAAGGUUCUCACUGUAAGGGAUACCAUGUCAUAUAGGUCCCAGGCAAAGAGUGAUUAGUAAUCAACUCUUGUAGAGAAGCGCAGUAUCAUUUCACUUUCAUGAUUCUGGCUUGAAAUUAAUGUGCUUUUUCAAUCUACUGACUGUUUUUUCUCACAAGAGCACUCAACCAUAGCCAGUCUUUGGCAACAUUCCACUGGAAGAGGAAGAGAUUUCAUGUCAUCUCUUCAAGAGCUUAAUAAGUGCAUUUAGUGGCUCAUUCCCACCUCCCCUCUCUUUGUUGGUGGGUUUGUUAGUGUUCAUGAUAUUCCUCUACCAUUCUUGGUUAAAUCUUCAUCUUGUUCCUUCAUUGUUAGUGAAGAGGGAGAGAAGACCCUUGCUUCCUCAGAAAAUUCAGUCUUACCCCCUCUCAUCCUAUCCUUUUUUUUCUUAAUCUUUUAUAUUGAGUGUCUGUGUAUGUAUCAGAAUGACAGGAAGUGGUUCUUACUGUAUAGAAAGGGAAAGAGUUUACAUCUCUGUUGUCUCUCUACUAAUGACACACAUACACUCAGACACCUUUUUUUCUCUCCCUUCUCUCAUUUACUCUCUGGGGAAGGGGUGUACCUUUUAUCAACUAAAAAGGGGUUGGUCUUGUGAUACUUAUGUAAAUAGUCUCCUAUAUGUAUUUAUUUACCUUUGUUUUAAGCUUUUAUUUAGUGCCUCAUAGACAAUGGCAGCUUUACCCUGUCUGGAUCCCCGUAAGUUGCCAGUAAGUAAAUUGGACCGCUGGCAGGUGGGCUGGACUCUAAAUCAGUUUCCCAGAACAGGCAGGCAGCAUCACACACACUUCCCAUAUAUAGAUAUCACUCUUCAAUUCCAGAAUCCAUUCACCUGAGCACAUAUAGAAUGACACCUAGGAAGUUCAGCACUUGUGGAAGAGCGAAGCAGAGGUUUGAUAACUUAAGUAGGAUUUGUAGAAUUAUUGAGGGUUUUGAGACCAGGGAAGGCAGUCUCCAUGGACUCAUAAGGUCACAUAGCAUUAUUUUCUUUCCUUUUCUUUCAUCAAUAUUGUCUGAUUGAAUCAGAAAUGCAACGUUCCAUUAACUUGCAGAACUGACUCUACACAUGCAAAAGUGAAAAGAGAAAUAGAAGAUGGAGAAAUGCACACUUUUGGAGCCAAAUGGAGCAGUGUGUGGUGCUGCCUCUGUCACAUGUGGUAGGAAAGAAGGCAGUGUAUGGUGGUUACAGUGGCCUAGGCAGUGCUUGCCACCUGUAAUGAUAAAUCAACCUCCACAUUGGCUCUUUCCUCCUGAUAAUGGGGAUCUUUUAUCAUCAUUUGACUGCAUAUGUGUUAGCCAUUUUAGGUAGAAUACAAUGUUAUUUCAUUAAAUAUAUAUAUAUAUAUAUAUUUUUUACUAUUAAUUUUUCUGCCGCCACAACUUUUCCACCAUCAUAAAGAGGCAUCAGGGAAGGACGGAAGGCAAGAGGAGGGAGAAUGGGAAAAGUAAUUUAAAAUGUAGAUACCUUGUUAAGAAAUCAUUUUAAUGUAAUUAUAAAUAAGGAUAUGUUGGUGAUAUUGUAGCAGGGGAAUCCAGGGCACCAGUUAGGCUUUAAGGGGGUUGUGCAUCGCUUGUACGGAGAGAGAAUCAAAUGUACAUAUUGAAAACCACACACACACACACACACACACACACACCACACUACACACACACACACACACACACACACACACACACACACACACACACACACACACACACACACACACACACACACACACACACACACACACACACACACACACACACACACACACACACACACACACACACACCACACAUUUUAUACACAGGCUUGUACAAAAACAGAUACAUAAACACAACAUUGGUUUAAGAGUCUUAAGCUGUGGCUCCUAUCAGUGAGGUGUGGAAGAUGUGACAACAAGAGAAAGAAAAAUCAUGAAGAAAACACUGAAAAACAAAAAUCAUUCCAUUCCCUCCAGGAGCGUUAACUUAAGUGCAUGACACUGUUUCACUCACACAUUCAGGGACUUGCGAGUUCCUAUAGAUAAUUGUUUCUGAAGUGCUUUAAUGGGGAUGGUUCCGUGUGUGCAUCUCCUGAGGUGUUGAUUGGUUUGUUCCCUGUGUUGUUGUGUUUAGGAGUGACUGAGAGGAGGAGGGUGCUGAGAGAAAAGAAAAGAAGUCAUUCUUAUGGCUGUCACUUUUUUAUUGUAUUCACUCUGCUAAGAUUUUGUUUUUAUAAUAAUCUGCCUCAGUAAUUCACUAGCUUUUAAUACCAUAGCAGCAAAGAAAGCAUCUCCACAUGUAGCUUUUUUUUUUUUUUUUUUUUUUUUUUUUUUUUUUUUUAAGUAUUGUCACAGUACACAGCCCAUCCAUUGUAAUGUGCUAAGGAUGUUCUUGUGUUUUUUUUUUUUUUAACAGUGCAGUGAUAAUUUAAACUUAGUUAUUAAAAAUUCUUCUCUCAGACUAAAAGGACAAAAUUGCUCCUUAUACCCUCACAACUUGUGUGUGUACCACUUGUUAAGUGGAAAUGUGCACUUGCAGUAUCUGUAAAUAUAUGCACAUUCUUUUCCAUUUCUUGUAUGGGUGCGAUCCGAGGUUUGUGUGUGCGUGCAGUACAUUUCUUGUUUAUUUUGGUUUUGCCAAACUUGAGUUGCAUCUCGAGUCUGCUGCUUUGUGACCUUUUUUGGGGGUCAGCUCUUCAUCAAUAGAUAUGUUUUCCCAUGUUAGCUAUGUGAUGCACUCAUUUGCAUUCUUUUUCACUUCUGUGAGAACUAUUAUAUUUUUUACACUAGAAAUAUUCAAAAACAAUUAUAUCAGCUGCUUAAUGCAUACAGAGUACUUGUCAGGACCUGUCCUGUCUGUUGAAGUGCUCUCUCUCUCUCUCUCUCUCUCUCUCUCUCUCUCUCUCUCUCUCUCUCUCUCUCUCUCUCUCUCUCUCUCUC